ACAUUCAUUUUGUCCAAAUUACAAAUGUGCUAUAAACAGUUGAUAGAAUAGCUUUUUGCAAUUUUUGUUCAUUACUUAAAAUUAUCGGUCCAAUUUCGACGAUAUCAACAUUUGAAAUUUGAAAGAAAAACAAUAACUCUAACUAUAAAUAAUGGUACCUUCCAAGUAGAAGGUUAUGUCAUGUUGAAUCAAUUUUUCAAUUACAUACAAAAUGAAAACUAGCCGACCUGAACUCCAACCCGGGUCACCGACCCCAUUAUCUUUUCAACUUUCAUGAAAGCGACGUUCAUUUUUGUGUUGAUGUUGUUACUGUUUUAUUUAACCUCAAACUGUUUGUAGGUUGAAGUUGAUUAUUAAGAAUAUACUUUUAAAUGAUUAGUUAUCACAUUUCCUAGAUCUUAACAGUUUAAAUUUUUUAAUAAACUACAUAAUUGUUAUAAAAUAAUAGUUCUCUGGUUGAAAGCAAUUCAAAUUUAUGUUAACUGAUUUAGUUAUGACUUUCAAUCAACAUUUACAGGAAAUAAUUAUUACAAAUGAAACCUCUGAUUAGAUUAUAAUGAUUAUAUUCAUACUUCAUGUUUGAAAAACGGUCAAAGUUUAUAUUAUUAUAUGAUAUAACUUGUUUUACAUGGUAAUAAAAAUCAAAUUGUAUUUGUGUGUGAUUCAUGAGACGCACUUUCAUUCAUUGAACACUUUUUCUUAAUAAACAUUUCUAGAAUUCUCUACUGAUAACCAUUGAAAGCAAGUUUAAAUAGAAAAUAAGUAUUUAUAAUUUUGCUGCUGAAAUAAUGGUUACCCUUCCAAGAAUCGCAGUGGUUGGAAGUGGACCAGCAGGAUUCUAUGUUACUCAACAGAUUUUGAAGCGUAGCAAAGAAGCAAAAGUCGAUUUAUACGACAGACUACCUGUGCCUUUUGGUUUGGUGAGAUACGGAGUUGCCCCAGACCAUCAAGACGUCAAAAACUGUAUAAAUCAGUUCACCAAAACUGCUAAAAAUCCAAACGUGCGAUUCAUCGGAAACGUUCAGUUGGGAAGAGACGUAAGUCUCAAACAGUUGAAAGAUGCUUAUCAUUCUGUUGUUCUGGCUUACGGAGCUGACAGUGAUAAGGAAUUUGGCAUACCCGGUGAGAGUUUGCGGAACGUGAUAUCGGCCAGAUCGUUUGUUGGUUGGUACAAUGGCCUGCCGGAAGACCAGGGACUUGUGCCUGACCUGAGCUGUGAGGAUGUAGUCGUGCUCGGACAGGGGAAUGUUGCCAUCGAUGUGUCUCGUGUUCUGCUCAAAUCAGUUGAUGUACUCAAGACGUCAGAUAUAACAGAAAACGCAUUGGAAAUACUUUCGAAAAGCCGAGUGAAACGGGUUCAUCUGGUUGGACGAAGAGGUCCCCUGCAAGUAGCAUUCACAAUCAAAGAAUUCAGGGAAAUGGUGAAGUUGCCCAAUGCCACUACUUUGUUCAGACCGGAGCAAUUGGUGGGACUGGAAAGCGUCAUCCCUAGUCUAAAACGUCAACGAGUCCGUUUAAUGCAGCUGAUAGCUGAUACAGGCCGCAAUAAUUUGACUACAGUAGAUUGUGACAAGCUUUUCAAAGUAAUAUUCUUAAGAUCACCUCUUGAAAUACUUGGCGAUAGCUGUGUGUCUGGUGUCAAGCUCUCUGUCAACAAACUUGAAGGAUCUGACAUAAAUAGUCAACACGCUGUUCCAACUGGUGAAUAUGAAAGUAUAAACUGUGGAAUGGUUUUGCGUAGUAUUGGAUACCGUAGUCGACAAGUUGAUGAAUCUGUUCCUUUCGAUACAAAAAAUUGUGUAGCUUUACAGCAACCAGGAUUGUAUUGUGCUGGAUGGCUUGCAAAUGGUCCGACCGGUGUUAUACUAACAACUAUGGCCGAGUCAUUUCUCGUUGGAGAGAAGGUUGCCAACGACAUUAACGAGAAAAUAAUUGAUACAAGCCAGAGUAAACCUGGUUCAGAAUUGAUAUUACAAUCCCUCCAUGAGACAGGAGUACAAACAACGGAUUUCAGCGAUUGGGAGAAAAUUGAUACAGUAGAGAAAGAGAGAGGAUCAAAGGUUGGAAAACCGAGAGAGAAAGUAACAAGUGUUCAGGAAAUGUUAGACAUUGUUUCAUGAUUUUCAGUAGGAACACUAGCAUACUUUUUAUGCAUAAAAUUCCAUAUACUUUAUUGUUUACAAAUAUGACAGACAGUACUUAUGACAGACAAGAUCCAAUUCGUUUUCCCAAGGUUUAUUCGGGGGAAUAAGUUAUCAAGGAAGCUACUUGCUUUUGCUGUAGCUUGGCUUUAGAAUGACGUACUUUAUUCAAGUUAUGUAUUAGAUAGAAUUAUUGAUGAAUUUACACUUCUUUAUUUGCAAACAAGGUGUUAUUAACAAACUGAUUAUUAAAGUAUAAGAGCAGUCAGUUUUAAAAGUUUAUCAUGUCAUCAUCCCUGAUGAUAAAUAGUUCAUAUAGUUUAGGUUGUUGAGAUGAAAAAUAAUUUUAUUUUUGUUUGUUAUUUUAUCAAUUUUUUAUAUUUUAGGAUAUCCAAAUAUCUUGAUAUUGUUGAAAGUAUACUCAUUUUUUAUAUAUGCUUUGGAAAGAAAUAAUAUUAUACUAUUUAGAAACAA